AGCGCUCUGCUAAUCUUAUUGGUGGAGAGCCUUCAACGGCCCCAGAUCUUGUAACGCUAAAAGGAAAAUGUACCUAUUCUGUCAGAAAAUUGCCAACCCGUAGCAACUAAUCCGAAAAUACCAAGGAAGAAAAGCGCAGAAUGCUUGUUUAAAUGCAUUGGGCUGUUUUACAUUACACCAGGCUAAUAAUGCUUGCUCCUUCUAUUCACUUUCCUCAGAACCGUGUACAGCGAGUACUUCCAAGUUCAUAGAUGUUGCUUAUAGAGUCUAAUUCUUGGGUGUUCUCCUUUGUCCCGGUAAUGCUUACAGGAUGUUUAACACUAUUCCUCAGCAUUUAACAGUUGCAGAAAGCUGACCUACAAGCAAACACAGUAUUCAGAUUGUGAUAAACCGACAGCAUCUAUAAGGAAAAGGCACUUAGAGGAAGAUAACGUUUCUUCAAGUCUUCUCUUCAGAGACUUUCUGUCAGUAACCAUUUCCAGUUUGCACAGACAAGUUUUUUGUUCUUAUUUAUUUAAUUUAUUUAUUUUCAUUGAGGAUAUUAUAUGGAAAAUAACCACUGCUCCAGUGCUAUAAUGUGGAUAUAAGCUGUCUCUAAUCAACAUUCUGCCUUUUCUUGAAGAAUUACUUUUGAGUGUUCAUUCUCACACAAACUGAAGUGCACCUGAACAACUUGAUCAGUUCUUGUUGCAGGAAAUGAAAUCUCUGCUAAUCUGACAGCAAUAAAUGUUCUUCCUUGAUCUGCAGUAUUACAACAAAUAAGUACCUAUAUGGAAGUGGUUCCUCUAAUAAAGCCCAGAAGUACAAGCACAAAAUAUUUACAGUUUUAGUUUCUGGAUGAAUGAAUGGUCACUUUCCAGCUGUUCUCUGGACACUAGCAAAGUGGCAGAUGGAAGGCAUUUUAAUUCAGAAAAUGAACAACAACAAGAUUAAAGAAUGACAUUCUUCAAAAGCAUAAUGCAGAGUGAGCCCACAUCUCUUCAGCAUCUGGCAGCUGAUGGACAAACUACCAAAAAUUGUCUUUAUGAAAUUGGUGUUCACCUCUUUUGACAACGUGGCAUCAUUGCUAUGAAUUUCAUAACUCGUCAGUUUCUUCAUAGCUAAUUUCAUCAGAGGAGUAUAGACCAGUCUCACUGGAAAGUAACAACAUUUAUGGGUAAAGACCCGGUGAAUAAUAAUGGUGCAACAGAUGAUUAAAGUAAACUGCAACCUCAUGUGGACUGCUUAGGUUAUGGUCAUUUGCUAUGAAGUGAAUUGACAAAGAAAGGAUGGGAUACUGAAAUAUAAAUGAUUAGUGGACACAAGAACAAAGUCAGGUCUACUGCCAUUAGCAUCUCACAUCUACAGAUUGUUUCAAGAAGCAAGUAAAACACAUUGAUUCUUCAAACCAUUUAUUGGAAAACAACACAUUUGGAAUGCAUUUGUUUCAAAAUUGCUGACGACCUGUUCAAGUACAUUUCACAGAUACCUGCAAAUGUUUUGCUACCUAACAGCCACUGAGUCCUGCAGUAUUGGACUCUUCUCUUCUGAACAAGAAAGCAGAGAAAGCUGAAAAUAAACAGAAGUAGAGAAACUUGCAGACAGCAGAAAAUACUUUGGACUGCAGCAUGUCAAACUAAGCAUAUCUGUGGAUAAGUGAAGGCCCCUCUUGAGGCUAUCCUACUGGCCCUGCAAGGUUUUUUUUUUUUGAUGCAGUAGCAUUUCUUUGUGACCGAAACAGAAAAUGGCUAACUCAACUGACACAAAUUCAUCAUUUACCAACACUACUAUUUCAGGAAGCACCAAUAAGACAGUGGAGGUUGUUUUUAUAGUUAUUGUCGCUGGAUCCCUGAGUUUGGUUACUAUCAUUGGGAAUAUUUUAGUGAUGGUAUCUAUUAAAGUUAACAGACAUCUUCAGACUGUAAAUAAUUAUUUUCUAUUCAGUCUAGCAUCUGCAGACUUAAUCAUUGGAAUUUUUUCAAUGAACCUGUAUACUGUCUAUAUUGUGAUGGGACACUGGCCUUUGGGACCUGUAGUUUGUGACUUGUGGCUGGCUCUGGAUUAUGUAGUUAGCAAUGCUUCAGUAAUGAACCUACUUAUUAUAAGUUUUGAUAGGUACUUCUGUGUCACCAAGCCACUAACCUAUCCUGUAAAAAGAACAACUAAAAUGGCAGGCAUGAUGAUUGCCGCUGCAUGGGUGCUUUCCUUCAUACUCUGGGCUCCUGCAAUUCUCUUUUGGCAAUUCAUAGUUGGAGGAAGGACAGUACCAGAUAAGGACUGCUUUAUCCAGUUCUUCAACAACCCUGCUGUUACAUUUGGCACAGCCAUUGCAGCAUUUUAUCUCCCAGUCAUUAUUAUGUCUAUUUUAUAUUGGCAGAUAUCCAAAGCCAGUAAAAGUAAGAUUAAAAAGGACAAAAAAGAGCCAUCACCCAACCAAGAACCAGUUUCUCCAAGUCUGGUGAGGGGAAAGAUAGUUAAACCUACCAAUAAUAAUAUAAGCACUCAUGAAGAUGGCAUACAGCAUGACAAAGUUCAGAAUGGGAAAAGUCCUGGAGACAAUGCUGCAGAAAACUGUGCUCAGAGUGAAGAGAAAGAGAUUUCAAAUGAUUCUACCUCCCUCAGUGUUGUUCCUGCUAGUGCAAAAGAAGAUGAAACAAAUAAAGCAUCAUGUUCUCACAGACACAGUCUUCCAGAGAACUCAAAACUUACAUGCAUUAGAAUUGUCACAAAGCCAACAAAAGAUGGUCAGUUUACUACAGUAAAUACUACUGUCGAGAUUGUACCUGGUCAUGCAGGAGCAAAUGGAGCUGAAGAGCAAAACAACAUAGCUCGUAAAAUUGUUAAAAUGACGAAAAAACCAGCAAAGAAGAAAAAGUUACCUCCAUCAAGAGAGAAGAAAGUAACUCGAACCAUUCUGGCUAUUUUGUUAGCUUUCAUUGUUACUUGGACACCAUACAAUGUAAUGGUGCUUAUCAACACGUUCUGUACACCUUGUCUGCCAAAUACAGUCUGGACCAUUGGCUACUGGCUUUGCUAUAUUAACAGCACAAUAAACCCAGCAUGCUAUGCACUUUGUAAUGCUACCUUCAAAAAGACAUUCAAACACCUCCUUUUAUGUCAAUACAAAAAUAUAGGUGCAACUAGGUAAAGAGGAAUGAACUCAGAAGUUCAAGUUCCACAGCACUUUAUCCUCAUGUAUGGAAAGAGCAGAUGCCAAACUAAAGUACUAUAUCUUCUCAGGCUGUUGUUUGUCUGUCUUGAGAAACUGAAUUCAUAAAAUUUCAGGCAUUUACAUAUAGGAAAGUAGUAAACAACAGUAAAGCAUAGCUUCAAGCUUCUAAAAGAAAAAAAAAAUCAUUUGUAGAAGGGCUUCAGAUGCACUUUGACCUUUAUUAAUUUCUACAGUUGAUGUGAGAAAACUAAAGGUUUAUUUUAAGAAGCGAAAAAAAAAAAUGGAACAUCAGCAAGUGAGGAAAGGACUUUCUAAAAAAAAAUAACAUUUCCAAGGCACCAGAUAAAACUGAUUUUUUUGCAAAGGUUAAUUUUAUGCUUUCUUAGAGUCAAGUCCAUGCUGUGUCAAUAAGCAUCUAUUGCAAUGGCUUUAUUCACGAUUUUGCGAUGACAAACUGGCUUUCUACAACCAUUUCCUCCUCUGUCAAGAAGCAAGAAACUGCAACACUAGGAGGUUGUGAAGGUGGACACACUAAGAAAUACUUUAUAAAUAAACCCUAGUAUUCAGACUUCAAACAAAGCACAGACAGUACUUAAAAUAAAUUAGUAACGCUUACAUCAAGUGUCUUUCAUGAAACCUCUUUACAAUCUCAUACCAGAGCAAUCUCUGGAAUAUAUUGUAACAUGUGAUUUCAUUUUCUUUCCUUUCUUUCUUUUUUUUUUAAACAAGGUAUGUAUGAUGUGAAUUAGAAUUUACAAAUCACUGAUAAUUAUAGAAGUUGUUAAUACAGUAAUAGAAAUAACUUUCUAUUUUCUUUUAUUGUAAUAGGAAAUUAUACACGUUCAUAAAUGUAGCUGUCAUAAUUAUAUUGUACUGUACUGACAUAUUAAAAAUCAAGAAUUUAGAGUAUUAUUUUAGAGAAAUACUAGAAUCUAAUACUAUGUAAUCUAAAUGUAACUUUUCUGUUAUAUUCUAUAUGUCAUAUUAUUCAUAGCUAUAGGAAAGCAAUGCAUAAUAAAGACUUUAACAGAAUUUUAAUUUUGCUAUUUUAAACGGGAUUAAAUAAUAUCAAUGAAUGAAAAAAAAAUGAUCAAAUCAGUAUUGUUUUUGUUAGAUCACAUCCUAUGGUUAGAAGGGACAAGUAUUAUGAUAUGUACAUGUAUUUACUUCUCUUAGAUACUUCUCAUGAAGUGGAGAUUUCUGCUACUAGUAUAUAUACUAUAGUAUUCAACACAGUAAUAAGGUUGAAUAUAUAAAAAGAGUGUUUUUGAUGUGAUGAGUUUUACCAUUAUUAUUUCAGACAAAGCCUGAUCUGCUUUUCUAGUUCUAUAUAAGACCACCAUGAACAGGCCAACCCAUUCAUCACUUUUUUGAACUAUCUGAAAUCUACAAAUUCGUAAAGUGCCUCUGCCUGCUAGAAUGAAUCAAUACAGAGCUAUUAUCUUUAAGCAAGUGCAAAGUGAGAAGAGAAGGGACAUGUAAAACUCAUGGAAACCUCAUUGAUAAAAAUAAUAUUUGCAUGAAGUUCCACACCAUUAGACAGUAAGGAUAUUGUCAUCAGUGUGAUAAGUCAUUCCUCCCUUAGUGUUGCCUUUUAAUUUUAUUGGCCCAUUAGUAUCAUGUAGAUUGAACAGAGAUUCUAUGCCACUUCAGGCAGGCAUCACCCAAUAUAUGGCAUGUAUUGCUGGUGGUAGUUUUACUUGCAGCAUAUGUUAGUUAACACUGGGAGUAUGUAUUAGGAGGCCGUUGUCUAUGAAAUAGACACAAUUAAAGGCACAAUUCCAGCUAUUAGUGGACCAAAGCUGGCCUACAGCACAGUUCCCUGAUAGAUUUAUCAUACUGUAGUACAACUCAGUAUAGCAAUGUAUAAGGGCAUGUUACAAUUAUAUUUGUGCUUUAUAAGCCAAGGUCUAUAAUCAACCAGACAAGUGCAUAGGUCAGUAUUUGCUACAAGUUCUUUGACAUGUAAGAUCAAGUAUGCUUCAUGCCUAAUGAUUUUAUUUUAAGAGACCAUGGUCUAACAAUCGCCUACCAAAGUAAUAUUCUCUCAAAGUUGUACAUCCUUUGCUGUAAACUGGAGUCUCUGUAUUUCAAUAAAACCGCAGUACUAAAAGUACUUGUAGAUACUGAUGAUAAUAGGAAGACAGAAAUGACAUAUAAUGGUAAAAAUGGAUGGCCAGUCUGGUAUCUGUUAUUUACUUUUUCUUUGUUUUGAUAUGUCAUUUUAAUGGAGUACUAAACUUAUACUCCAUUGAUGUAUAUUGUACAGAAAAACUAUUGCUACUUGCUUUAUACAUGCAGUAAGACAAAAGCUAGUGGCUUAGAAUUUAUACACCAAUAAUGUUCUCCACAGCUUUUAAGAUCUGAGGACAUUGUUAAUAUAGCAGUCACUUUUUAUUUCAGUUUUUAAUAUUUAAAUAAUGUUGCAUGGUCCUUAAUGAUCAGAGUGCAGGAGCUUAAGCAUCCAUUACCUGCAUUACACAUCACUUGUAGUUGCCACAUACUAGCUACUCCAACUAUGUUCUUUGGAAAGCACAGCAGUGGAUGGCUUUUAUUUGCCUAGAAUUUCUUCAGUAGCCAGCAUUGAUGCUUUGCAGAGCAUUAUAGUAAUGACCUAUAUCUAAAUAUUUAUGUGCUUCUAAGUAGUCAGUUAAUUGUUUUAGAUUUGAUGUAUUCUGAGGUUUCUAACUUUUUGAAAUAAUUUAGAAUUUUUUAUAUAUAUUUUUAAGAGAUUAUCUCAAUAUGUGAAAAAUUAUAUCAGAUUAAUUAUAGUUAAUUUCAAGAUGUGGCCAUCUGAACAGUGAAGACAAGAUGAGUAAAAAACUGAUUUCAUUUGGUAAAAAUUUAAUACAACAAAAUUCCACAUCGUUUUCACUUCACAUUAAAGAUGUACAUAUUGCAGGUAUAGCACUGAAAAUUAUCAACAGCAUAGAUGAAUACAUUUCACAAAGUAAUAAUUUAAACAAUGAAAUGUACGUAAAUAUUUGUUAAAUGCCCACCUCUAUUUUAGCUGUACAUAUUAUCACAAUAUACAAUUGUCUGAUCCUAAAGAAACACAGAAAGAAUGUUAAUGUAUUUGUCAGUGGCCUGAAAUAUACUGUAAUAGAAUUUGAAAAGUGUAUUCAGUAUUGUCUGCUAUCAUUUGGAAAGAUUAUUAAAUGGGUAUGAUAUGAAA